CCACUGAUGCUUACGUCAAUGUCAAAAUUCAUAUGUUGCAAAAUGGCGUCAUUGUCGAGUUUGUUGCCUGCUCCAGUGCAGCAGGUAUGGGAUCGCGAUGACGAACGGAAGGCCCAGAGGAUCGGCAGUGCGUUGGUAGUGUCACAGACUAGCGUCCCCCCUUAUGGGCAAAGAAAGGGAUGGGUUCCGAGAACAGAAGAAGAUUUUGGAGAUGGUGGAGCGUUCCCCGAGAUCCACGUCGCUCAGUACCCCCUCGGCAUGGGCGCUCGAGGGAAGGAGAGUAUGUCCAACGCCCUGGCCGUACAGCUAGACGAGUCCGGUCGUGUGAAGUACUCGGCUAUUGCGCGACAGGGACACAGUGCAGACAAAAUAAUCUACUCCAAACUGACAGAUCUGCUGCCCGCGGAAGUCUUAGCGGAAGACGAUCCAACAAUGCAGAAACCAUCAGAAGAUGACAUCCAGGAUAUCACUGAAAAGACUAAACUGGCUUUAGAGAAAUUGACAAAUGCCAAGAUAUCAGCGGCGUUGCCCGUUAAGGCUGCACCAAAAGCUGCGCCAGCACAAUACAUCAGGUACACGCCGGCCCAGCAGGGCGGGGCUUUCAACUCGGGGGCCAAGCAGAGAGUGAUCAGGAUGGUGGAAGCCCAAUCCGACCCGAUGGAGCCCCCCCGAUUCCAGAUCAACCGGAAGAUCCCCCGCGCGGCCCCCUCUCCCCCCGCGCCCGUGCUGCACUCCCCCCCGCGCCGCGUGUCCGUCCGCCAGCAGAGGGACUGGAAGGUUCCGCCGUGCGUGUCGCACUGGAAGAACGCCAAGGGUUACACGAUACCACUGGACAAGCGUCUCGCGGCGGACGGCCGUGGUCUUCAGCAAGUCCAUAUCAAUGAGAACUUCUCCAAGUUGGCCGAAGCUCUCUACAUAGCUGACAGGAAGGCCAGGGAGGCGGUGGAGGCGAGAGCUCAGCUCGAGAGGAGAUUGGCGCAGAGAGAGAAGGAGAAGAAGGAGGAGCAUUUGAGGAUGCUGGCGCAGAGGGCGAGAGACCAUAGGGCUGGUAUACGUGGUCCCGAGGAGGAACCGGAACCGGCGGAGGAGACGGCAGAGGGCGCCGCGGAGAGAGACAAGCUGCGCCAGGAGAGACACAGGGAGAGGCAGAGAGAUAGAAACAUAGCGCGCGCCGCGCCCGACAAGAGAUCCAAACUAGCCAAAGACCGCGAGCGCGACAUAUCAGAACAGAUCGCUCUCGGUCUGCCGGCGAAGAACAAUGCAGGGGCGGAGAGCAUGUUCGACCAGCGACUGUUUAAUAACAGCAAAGGCAUGGAUAGCGGUUACGGUGACGACGAGGCUUACACUGUAUACGACAAACCCUGGCGCAACCAAGACUCAGUGGGCGCCCACAUAUACCGACCCACGCGGUCCAAGGAUGCGGACAACUAUGGAGGGGAUUUGGAGACCAUAGCUAAUACUAGACGUUUCGUGGCUGACAAGGAGUUUGCGGGCACGAGCAGCAGCAACACGCGCGCCGGGCCCGUGCAGUUCGAACGGGACGCCCCUAAAGAGGAUCAGUCCCGAGGCCGCGCCGCUGACGCCGAAUUCGAUCCCUUCGGUCUCGAUCGGUUCUUGAGCGAGGCGAAACGCGCGGACAAGGGCAAGAGACACGAGCCGCCCGCGAAGCGCCGACGCGACUGAGCCGGCAGCAGGAACUAUGCCGAUUGGUGCAUUGGUCCGGUUACUAUCACAUGCCUUGUAUAGUUUGUAAUUAUUUAGUUGUAUGAAUAAUAAUAUUAUGACGUA